AUGUUCAUUCGAUAUACAUGUAAUAAUACAAUUCUUCGAUACGUUGUUUUGUCAUCGUCAAUAUCACGAAAUCUUCUGAAUCAAUCUUUAGUACAUAAAUUUUUUCAUCGAAUUUCUUCGAGUUAUUCUUAUGGUCAUCCAACAUUUACUAUACCACUAUCAUCUACUAAUAAUUCUACCAUAGUUUUUUCUUGUCGUUCAUUUUCAAUAUCUUCAUCUUGGUUAUCACCUCCUGUUGUUCAAUUUAAAUUAGCUGAUAUUGGUGAAGGCAUACGUGAAGUUGAAGUUAUAGAAUGGUAUGUUCAAGUAGGUGAUAAUGUUAAACAAUUCGAUAAGAUUUGUGAAGUUCAAUCAGAUAAAGCUAAUGUAACAAUAAUAUCUCGAUAUGGUGGAACUAUAGUUAAACUUCAUCAUAAAGUUAGUGAUACAGCUAAAGUUGGUCAACCACUUGUUGAUAUUAAACUUGAACAUGAUAUUGAUGUAUUAACAGGAACUAAAACUGCAACUAUAAUGUUAGAAGAUACAUAUGAUAAUGUAUCGUUAAAUAAAAAUUCAUUAGCUAAUAUUUUAGCUACUCCCACAAUUAGACAAAUGGCUAAAGAAUUACAAAUUUCAUUAAGUGAUGUUCAAGGUACAGGAAAAGAUGGAAGAAUACUAAAAGAAGAUUUAAUUCAUUUUAAAUCAGCAAAAUCAACAUCAUCGAGAAUUACACCUACAAUUGCACCACCAUCACCAACAACUGUUAAACAAACAGCAAUAUUUCGUCCAGCGCCAAUACCUUCUUCAUCAAGUCUAAAAAGAAUCACUAGUCAUUCUCAAACAAUAUCUAUUACCGAUAGACAUGAACCAAUAAAAGAAAUUCGUAAAGCAAUGGUUCAAACCAGGAUUCAAGCCAAUACAAUACCGCAUUUUAUUUAUGGUGACGAAUAUGAUAUGACCCAAUUAGUUAAAUUAAGAAAAAAAUGGAAAAAUCAAUCAGAUAAUAAACUAAAACUUUCUUAUAUGUCAUUUAUAAUAAAAGCAUGUUCACAAAUUUUACUUCACUAUCCUAUUCUUAAUGCUCAUGUAGAUUUGAAAUGUGAAACAAUAACUUAUAAAGGUUCGCAUAAUAUUGGUAUUGCAAUGGAUACAAAAGAUGGUUUACUUGUACCAAAUAUAAAAAAUGUUCAGCAAUUAUCGAUUACUCAAAUUGAAAAUGAACUUAAUCGUCUUCAACAACUUGCUCAAAAUGGAAAAUUAUCAACAGAAGAUCUUACAAAUGGAACAUUUUCAUUAUCAAAUAUUGGAGCUAUCGGGGGAACAUAUGCUGUACCUAUUCUUCUUUUACCUCAAGUAGCUAUGGGUACAUUUGGAAAAAUCAUCCGACAAGCAGUUCCAGAAGAAAAUGAUGAAAGUUCAAGUGAUAGUGAAAAAUGUUACUCAUCUCGUAUUCGUUCAAUGAUGUCUGUUAGUUGGUCAGCUGAUCAUCGUGUUAUUGAGGAUGCAACAGUGGCUCACUUUUCAAAUCAACUGAAAUUUUUACUUGAAAAUCCACUUCAUAUUCUCAUUAAUUAUUAA